UGCAGUACAGCUUCAGUGAGUCUAGUCUGAGCUUGCUCUUUACGUUAGUCGUUAGAACUCGGCUUCAGACUUCUCGUCUCUUCAUCUGCGAAUUCAGAAAUUACAAUGCCGCUGCCGAUGUAUAUGCAGGGUCCUGUGGAGCCGAUGCAGGUUGAUAUGCAAGGUGAAGGUUCAGACUCGCAGGAAGAACUGAGAUACAGCGUGGACAAUCCAACACUGGAUGUUGAAGCCUAUGCGGCAAGUUACAUGGGAUUGGCAAAAAUCAACAGACUCCUGUUUGUCGCCCUCCAUUGUCCAGCCUUCAAGAUUGAGGCUCUUCGAAUGGCAUUGAACUACACACAGACAACCUACAAUACUCACAUGUAUCAGCUUGUACACAGGAAACUCACUGAUGCUGUAUCCAAUUCCUCUGUGUUACCUGAUGCUGUAGCUGGGGUCGUUCACAACAUACCAUCUCUGGACACACAGUGGAUUGAAACAACCAAUAAGAAGGCUGCUCUUAAGCUAGAGAAACUUGACACAGACCUCAAGAACUACAAGAGUAACUCCAUCAAAGAGAGCAUCAGGAGGGGUCAUGAUGAUCUUGGAGACCAUUAUCUGGAUCAAGGAGAUCUCAGUAAUGCCCUCAAGUGUUAUUCCAGAGCCAGGGAUUACUGCACCAGUCCUAAACAUAUCAUCAAUAUGUGUCUCAAUGUUAUCAAGGUUAGCAUUCAUCUUCAGAAUUGGUCUCAUGUGCUGAGCUAUGUCAACAAAGCUGAGGCAACACCUGAACUGUCAGAGAAAGACACAAAAGAUAACUUAACAGUAGCUACCAAGCUUAAGUGUGCCGCUGGAUUAGCAGAACUGGCCACCAAGAAAUACAAACCAGCAGCCAAGUACUUCCUUCAGGCUUCCUUUGAUCAUUGUGACUUCCCUGAUCUGAUGUCACCAAACAACGUGGCCAUGUAUGGUGGGCUCUGUGCUUUAGCUUCGUUUGAUAGACAAGAACUACAGAAAAAUGUCAUCUCCAGCAGCUCCUUCAAAUUGUUCCUAGAGCUGGAGCCACAGCUGAGAGAUAUCAUCUUCAUGUUCUAUGAAUCUAAGUAUGCAUCAUGUCUCAAGCUCCUGGAGGAGAUUAAAGAUAAUCUCCUCCUAGACAUGUACCUUGCUCCACAUGUCUCCGUCCUCUACUCACAGAUCAGGAAUAGAGCUCUCAUACAGUACUUUAGUCCAUAUGUAUCUGCUGAUAUGCAGAAGAUGGCAAGUGCAUUCAAUACAUCUGUAGCAGACUUAGAAGAUGAACUCAUGACACUCAUCUUGGAUGGCCAGAUCAAUGCAAGAAUCGACUCACACAAUAAGGAUUUCCAACAAUCCUGUACAUAUUGAGGUGCUAGUUUUCUUCAUCAUGUGGAGACUUGUAAAUAUACAUGCCCAAGCCUGUGUAACAAGUCAAGUGGUCGUUAAGGAGAAUGAGAUCUUUUUACAUGAUAUAUUGUCUGCAGGCUGCCCAAUGUUAAGCACUGCAAUAUUAUUGAGGAAACUUUUUGAAAUUCAUUUCUUGCUCUUGCUUUUUAAUCUUUCAUGACAUCAUCUGCUUCAAAUUUAUCAUAUAAAAAGUAGAGUUUGAAAGCAAUCAACUUUUUCUUUAAUACUGGGAAGACAGUAAUCAGCAAAUGUUAUACUACACAA